AUGUCGUCGCCUCAAACGCCCGUGCAUUCGCGGCACGCUUCUACCGUCGACUUCAACCCCUAUAGCGCCACCUCGUCACCGCAGGAGCGACGGCAAUCCAAAUCAUCAUUAUUCCACGAUCCCUCGACGCCCCUUCGGAGUAGUUUCAACCAUCACCAAGAUGGGCUGGAUAUGGGAGUGUUUAGCAGCGGAGGGAUGGACGCCGGCGGCGGGGGGCUCGGAAAUCUAGCGGACGAGCUUGCGGAUGCGCUAUCCGACGACGACGAUGAGGAGGAGGACGAGUACUACGAGCACGACGGAAACGCUCCGAAUAUCAGCUUCGAGCUCGACGAGGGCGACCCUGGCGAGGCAGUCCAGGGGACCCGGGAUAGCGGAGUCGACGUGGAGAUGAGCCCUGCGGGUCUGGGUGCCCGGCGCGAGAAGAACAUGAGCUUGACGCUGCCGUCGCCGAAUGGGAGGGGACACCGAAGAGCGGGGAGCGAGUACGACGGAAGCGAGUAUGGAUCCGAGACCGAUCUCGAGUCUCCCGGCAUGCCGCCCAGCCUGAUCGCCAAGAUUGAUGCCGUCGAGUCCCUCGCCCGGAGAGGCACGGAAAAUAAUGGCGGGCCUACUGAUGGGACGUUCCAGAGGGUGACGGAUGGGCUGCGGGACCUCGGAUCGCAGUCCGGUAUUGAGGGAUGUGCCUCGAGGUUGAUCACAGCACAUUCCGCUCUCACAACCCACCUGAGCCACCAAACACGCCAGCUCCAUAGCCUGACGUUCCCUCUACUGUCACCCCUCGUCCCGCCGCCAGACCCAGAGACCAUCGACGCGCUGCUACCGAUGCUCAUCUCGCUAUCCGAGACCAUGCCGCGGCCGUCGGCGGGCGCCUACAACUCGCUGACGGCGCUGCACUCGCUGACGUCGGACCUCGUGCAGACGCUCAACUACCUCUCGGACACGCUGCACAUGUCGCGGCAGACGACGACGACGGCGACGAGGCGCCUGCGGAGCGCCAAGGAGCUCGUCGCCGAGAUGAGGCGCGAGGAGGAGCUCCGCGAGGAGGGCGAGAGGUGGCUGUCGCGCGGCAACUGGGGCGAGCGGCUCGCCAAGAGGGAGUGCGCCCUCGUUUGCGGCGAAGUCGUCGGCGGGUUCGAGGAGGUCUGCAAUGGCUGGCGGGCGAGGCUUCUUGCGCAGGCCGAGUCUGCGCCGGCGUGA